AUGGCUUAUCACAAAGUGAAUGCAGACCAGAGAGCACAGGGGCACUCUCCGUACCUUGACAACGAUGAGCUCCAAGCCACAGCGCUGGAACUGGAAUGGGACAUGGAAAAAGAGCUGGAGGAGCCUGGCUUUGACCAUUUCCGACUGGAUGGUGCGGUCCAGCAUCACCUCGGAAACUCGCAGAGCCCUGACCUUGAUUUGGAGCCCAUCCAGCCAUCAUCUUCUCCAAAGGGAAGAUUCCAGCGGCUUCAGGAAGACCCUGACUACAUCUCACACUAUACAAGACAGGCACCAAAGAGCAACCGCUGCAAUUUUUUUCAGAUACUGAAAGUAUUUUGCACUGCUUUGAUUUUAUUUAUUUUUGGAAUCGUGAUAGGAUAUUAUGCACGCAAGAAAUGCCUUUCUCCCCCAAUGUCUCAAGAACCAAAUAACCUUCAUAUCUACCAUGAAAUUCUCAAGGAAAUCAAAGCUGAAAAUAUUCACCAGAUCUACAGAGAUUUGUUACAGUUCCCUAGAGAAGAUGAUGUAGAUAUUGCAAUGAAAAUUCUGGUUCAGUGGAGUUCCCAAGGCCUUGAAGAUGUCCGGCUGGUAAAUUACUCUGUUUUGCUUGACCUACCAGGCUCUUCUUCAAACACAGUAACUCUGAAAAACAGCGGUGAAUGCUUUUAUCCUAAUGGACAACAGUGCAACAGAGAAACCAAAAUGCUUCAUAGCCAAGACCUCCUGUACUCGUAUGCAGCUUACUCUGCCAAAGGAACUCUUGAGGCAGAACUUGUUGAUAUACAGUACGGGACCGUGGAAGACUUGAUCCGGAUUCAAGCCAUUACAAAUGUGACCAAAAAAAUUGCACUUUUGAAGCUGGGACAAUCCCCUUUGCUUUAUAAGCUUUCUCUGUUAGAAGAUGCAGGGUUUGGCGGUGUUCUUCUUUACAUUGAUCCUUGUGACUUACCAAAGGCUACAGAUCUUGCUGAUAAAGCUUUUAUGGUUUCCUUGAACAGUGGAGGAGAUCCCUCAACACCUGGUUAUGCCAGUAUUG